AUGGAAUGUGACCUAAUUGUUCUGGGAGUGUCACCGGGUUUUGGAGCCCGGUUAUUGCCAAUUUGCCAGAGACCCACUACUUAUUCAGUUGGAUUGCAUAGCAAGAUUAGUCCCAGUGUCAGGUCAUUGUUGCUGUCUAGAUUAAAGUCAUGUUCUUGUGCUGUGGUGAAUGUUGUCGAGUCGAAUCCAAUCAGUGAUGUGACUCAAAAGCAUGCCCGAAACUCGGAGGAAAGGGUUCAUCAGGUAGGAUUAGAUAAUAGGAAUGUGGGUGAUCAGGGAAUAGUUGGAGGCAAUGUGAAAGCCAGGUCUUUAGUUUGGGAUGGGAAGAAGAGGCUUAUACAGUAUUCUGGGAUGCUUAGAACAUGUGCUUCACAAGGGGCUUUGAAUGAGGGGAAGGCUAUUCACGGGCAGGUGAUAAAGAAUGGGAUACACCCGGAUAUGCAUUUGUGGGUUUCGUUGGUUAAUGUUUACUCGAAAUGUGGGGAUUCUCUGUAUGCCCGCAAAGUGCUUGGUGAGAUGCCUGAUCGAGAUGUUGUGUCGUGGACUACUUUGAUUCAUGGGUUUGUGGUCAAAGGUUUGGGUGUCGAUGCUGUUAAUUUGUUCUGUGAGAUGAAGAAAGAUGAUACAAGAGCAAAUGACUUUUCCUUGGCUACUGGUUUGAAAGCGUGUUCUUUGUGCUUAGAUUUAGGCUUUGGAAAACAGUUGCAUGCAGAAGCAGUGAAAGCGGGGUUCUUCUCGGAUGAUUUUGUUGGGUCUGCUCUCGUUGAUCUUUAUGCAAAAUGUGGUCAGCUGGAACUUGCCAAUAAAGUGUUAUUUUGUAUGCCUGAGCAGAAUGUUGUAUCAUGGAAUGCCUUGCUAAAUGGGUAUGCUCAGGAAGGUAAUGGAAACCAAGUUCUGAAAUUGUUCUGCAAAAUGACGGAAUUAGAUAUGAGGUUAAAUAAGUUCACCUUGUCUACUGUCCUCAAAGGUUGUGCAAAUGUAGAAAAUUUGAGAGCAGGUCGGGUUGUGCAUUCUUUGGUUGUCAAGGUUGGGUUUGAGGUUGAUGAAUUUCUGGGUUGCAGUCUUGUCGAUAUGUAUUCCAAGUGUCGAAUGGCAAUUGAUGCGGUAAAAGUAUUCAGGACAAUUAAAGAUCCUGAUGUAGUGGCCUGGAGCGCAAUUAUCACUUGCCUUGAUCAACAAGGGCAAUACCAGGAAAUGGCUCGACUAUUUCAUUCAAUGAUAAGCACAGGCAUCUCACCGAACCAAUUUACCCUUUCUAGUAUCAUUAGUGCUGCCACUGAUCUUGGUGACCUCCGCUUUGGUGAGAGCAUCCAUACUCUUAUAUGGAAAUAUGGCUAUGAAUCUGAUCUUCCAGUCAGCAAUGCUCUAAUCACAAUGUAUAUGAAAAUUGGAUGUGUGAAAAAUGGUGCUCAGGUUUUUGAGGCAAUGACAGAACAUGAUCUGAUUUCAUGGAAUGCCCUUCUAUCAGGAGCACACGACCUAGGUCCAAGAGUGUUCCACCAAAUGCUCGCUGAAGGUCGCAAGCCCAACAUGUACUCCUUCAUCAGUAUUUUAAGAUCCUGUUCUAGCCUCUUGGAUGCAGACCUCGGGAAACAAGUGCAUUCCCAUAUUAUCAAAACAAGCCUCCAUGAUAAUGACUUUGUUGGGACGGCUCUCAUUGACAUGUAUGCCAAAAGCAGGUUACUAGAUGAUGCUGUUAUAGCUUUCAGUAGAUUGAGUAAUCGAGAUCUCUUCUCUUGGACAGUCAUCAUUACUGGUUAUGUACAGAGUGAUCAAGCAGAGAAAGCUGUUGCUUCUUUCAGUCAGAUGCAACAAGAAGGAGUGAAGCCAAAUGAGUUUACUCUUGCGGGCUGUUUGAGUGCUUGCUCCCGUAUAGCUAUGCUGGAAAAUGGGCGGCAGCUCCAUUCGAUGGCAAUUAAGUCAGGGCAUUUAGAAGAUUUGUUUGUUGGGAGUGCACUAGUUGAUAUGUAUGCAAAGUGUGGAUGCAUAGCUGAUGCUGAGGGUACAUUUGAGGCUUUGGCUUCUAGGGAUACAGUCUCAUGGAACAUCAUGAUUUGUGGAUACUCUCAAUAUGGCCAAGGCGAGAAGGCUCUGGAAGCUUUUUCGAUAAUGUUAGACGAAGGCGCCGUGCCAGAUGAGAUCACUUUCAUCGGUGUUCUUUCAGCUUGUAGUCACCUGGGUUUGGUCGAAGAAGGGAAAAAGCACUUUGACUCACUUAGCAAAGUUUUCCAGAUCAUUCCUACCAUUGAGCAUUAUGCUUGUAUGGUUGAUAUUCUUGGUAGUGCUGGGAAAUUUGAUGAGGUUGAAAGCUUCAUUGAGACAAUGAAACUGACACCAUAUGCCAUUAUUUGGGAGACUGUUCUUGGAGCUUGUAAGAAGUAUGGAAAUGUGGAUUUUGGUGAAACAGCUGCAGGAAAGCUUUUUGAGCUUGAACCUGAGAUGGGUUCGACUUAUAUAUUGCUGUCAAAUAUCUAUGCAAAUAAAGGUAGGUGGGACGAUGUUAGAAAAGUCAGGACAUUAAUGUCCAGCCAGGGUAUUAAAAAGGAGCCUGGUUGUAGCUGGGUUGAAGUUGAUGGAAAAGUUCACACUUUUGUCUCUCAUGAUGGUUCGCAUCCAAAAAUCAAGGAAAUCCAUCUGAAAUUGGAGGAACUAGGUGAAAAGCUGACUUCAGUUGGUUAUGUACCAGACACAGAGAACGUUCUCCACGAUAUCACCGAGCGAGAAAAAAAGGAACAUCUCCAAUAUCACAGUGAAAGGUUGGCUCUUGCGUAUGCCCUCCUAAGCACCGAUCCUGUAAAAACUAUUCAUAUUUUCAAAAAUCUACGCAUAUGUGGGGACUGCCAUGAUGUUAUGAAGCUCAUCUCAGACAUCACAAAUAGGGAGAUAAUUGUUCGUGACAUCAAGCGGUUUCAUGAUUUUAAGAAUGGCACUUGCUCCUGUCAAGACUCCUGGUGA